ACUGUCACUGUCAUUUCCUACAUUCAGUUGUUUGUUAUUGUCGACAUAACCUAUAAACCCCACGUGAAUUUGUAAUUUUGUGAUAAUAUAAAUGGCAGAUUGCUUGUAAAAUGCCCAAACUUCACAUAGAUGAGGUCUACCCUAAAGACUCUACCUAUCAAAUGGUAGUAAACUUCCAAAAUGGGUACACAACUGAGAAAUUUAAGUCGAAAAGUUGUUUGCUGCUCAAAGACAAGUUUAAUGGCGAAAAAUCUGUUGUUACUGAGGUGUCCGGGCUCGUUUAUGCUGGAAAAGAAGAGCAAGAAGAUCUAGGGAAGACGUUGAUACUGGCGAGGAAUAAAAUCACUGGGAAAGUGCGAGUCAUUGAAGUGGGAAAUGUGGAAUUGAAACCAUACGUAAAGCAAAAUAGCGAUCAGAGUGUCAUAGGUUUAGACAACAGUAAGCUUGAGUUAAGUAGGAAAUUUGGGUCUAAGAAGCAAAAACAACACAUGGAGCAGAAGGAGAAGCUUAAAAUCAACGUUCAAACUGUCACCGAACAAAUGCAGAAUGUUACGGAAAGUGUGACAGAGGACCAACUGGAUAUAUCGUCUUAUAUCAAAACUGAUUCGGAUGAUUUCUACAUACCGCCCAUUAAUCGACAGGCAACAUCGGCUAGAGAAGUGUAUGACAUGUACAAAAUACUAAGCGAAGAUGAGUAUGAAAGAAUUUACAACGAAAUAAAAGAUAGCGAUUAUAUGGAACAGAUUCAACCGUGGAUAAGAGACAUGAUCGCAACGAAGGAUCUAUCAAAGGAACACACCGUUUUAGUUGUAUAUGCGAGUACGUUAUUAAAAUUAUUCAGCACUACAAUGAGAGAUAUCGUUAAAAAGAAUUAUGUUGCGUACUCAUUAUCGCCUACAUUAAACGAUAUCCUUCUCAAGAACUUCACGACGUUUUCCAACGGCAAACGGAACCGACCGAUGCCAUAUAAGGAUAAAACUUUCUGCCAUGUAUUAGUGUUCCUGCUUAUCGUUAAUAAUUUCAAAUGUGAUAUAGAUGAAUUGAGUAAACACAUGAAAUACAGCGCCAAGACUAUGAUGACGAAGUUUCGAGUUAUCGGAGCGACUGUAGUGACGAUGGGUGAUAAGAAAAUAGCACAGCUCAAGCUACCGUUGGCAACAGUGACGAAUAUGAGGCGGAAAAGCGCGAAGUUUUGAUGUUCACAAAUAUAUGACUAUGUUACUGUUA